ACAUUGGGAAAAAACAUGGAGUCAGCUCCGGCAGCCCCCGACCCCGCCGCCAGCGAGCCGGGCAGCAGCGGCGCGGACGCGGCCGCCGGCUCCAGGGAGACCCCGCUGAACCAGGAAUCCGCCCGCAAGAGUGAGCCGCCCGCCGCGGUGCGCAGACAGAGCUAUUCCAGCAACAGCAGAGGUAUCUCAGUAACGAAGAAGACACAUACAUCUCAAAUUGAAAUUAUUCCAUGCAAGAUCUGUGGAGACAAAUCAUCAGGAAUCCAUUAUGGUGUCAUUACGUGUGAAGGCUGCAAGGGCUUUUUCAGGAGAAGUCAGCAAAGCAAUGCCACCUACUCCUGUCCUCGUCAGAAGAACUGUUUGAUUGAUCGAACCAGUAGAAACCGCUGCCAACACUGUCGAUUGCAGAAAUGCCUUGCCGUAGGGAUGUCUCGAGACGCUGUAAAAUUUGGUCGAAUGUCGAAAAAGCAGAGAGACAGCUUAUAUGCAGAAGUGCAGAAACACCGGAUGCAGCAGCAGCAGCGCGACCACCAGCAGCAGCCUGGAGAGGCUGAGCCGCUGACACCCACCUACAACAUCUCGGCCAACGGGCUGACAGAGCUUCACGAGGACCUCAGUACCUACAUCGAUGGGCACACCCCCGAGGGCAGCAAGGCCGACUCUGCUGUCAGCAGCUUCUACCUGGACAUACAGCCCUCCCCAGACCAGUCAGGGCUUGAUAUCAAUGGAAUCAAACCAGAACCCAUAUGUGACUACACACCAGCAUCUGGCUUUUUUCCCUACUGUUCGUUCACCAAUGGAGAGACUUCCCCAACGGUGUCCAUGGCAGAACUAGAACACCUUGCACAGAAUAUAUCUAAAUCACAUCUGGAAACCUGCCAAUACUUGAGAGAAGAGCUCCAGCAGAUAACGUGGCAGACCUUUCUGCAGGAAGAGAUUGAGAACUAUCAAAACAAGCAGCGGGAGGUGAUGUGGCAAUUGUGUGCCAUCAAAAUCACAGAAGCUAUACAGUAUGUGGUGGAGUUUGCCAAACGCAUUGAUGGAUUUAUGGAGCUGUGUCAAAACGAUCAAAUUGUGCUUCUAAAAGCAGGUUCUCUAGAAGUGGUGUUCAUCAGGAUGUGCCGUGCCUUUGACUCUCAGAACAACACCGUGUACUUUGAUGGGAAGUAUGCCAGCCCCGAUGUCUUCAAAUCCUUAGGCUGUGAAGACUUUAUUAGCUUUGUGUUUGAAUUUGGAAAGAGUUUAUGUUCUAUGCACCUGACUGAAGAUGAAAUUGCAUUAUUUUCUGCGUUUGUACUGAUGUCGGCAGAUCGCUCAUGGCUACAGGAAAAGGUAAAAAUUGAAAAACUGCAACAGAAAAUUCAGCUAGCUCUUCAACACGUUCUACAGAAGAAUCACCGAGAAGAUGGAAUACUAACAAAGUUAAUAUGCAAGGUGUCUACAUUAAGAGCCUUAUGUGGACGACAUACGGAAAAGCUAAUGGCAUUUAAAGCAAUAUACCCAGACAUUGUGCGACUUCAUUUUCCUCCAUUAUACAAGGAGUUGUUCACUUCAGAAUUUGAGCCAGCAAUGCAAAUUGAUGGGUAAAUGUAUCACCUAAGCACUUCUAGAAUGUCUGAAGUACAAACAUGAAAAAGAAAACAAAACAAAACAAAAAAAAUUAACCAAGACACUUUCUAUGGCCCUGCACAGCCCUGGAGCGCCAACACACUGCACAUCUUUUGGUGAUCGGGGUCAGGCAAAGGAGGGGAGACAAUGAAAACAAAUAAAAGUUGAACUUGUUUUUCUCAUGCAUAUGAUUUCCAUUAUGCCUACAGAUAUGGACCCUUUUUUUGUCUCGACUUCUUGAGCGUUGACCUCUGUUUACAGCAGAAGGAGGGUACUAAAGUCGGAGGAUGUCCUUUUCUUGUAGCUCACUGCCCACAGACUUUCAACAGAGUCGCCAAUCUGUCAGUUACAGCAGAGAGUCCAGCAAUAAUCGGUGACUGGUGUGCAUAGCGGAGGUUGCGGCAUUACUUUGCACAACUUGCUCUUUGUUUGAUGAAGGAAGUUUUUAUUUUCUCACCGAUUAUUGCCAGUCAGCAGGAUGGCAUGAAAAGGGUCCAUAGCACUAGCAACAAUAGCAUUAUAAUAUAUUACAGGGUAAAUGGGCAUGAAGACUAUAUAUAGCUAAAAGAGAUAUUGUUUAUAUAUUGUUUUAAUUAAUAUAAAAUGUAGUUACUGGUGUAGCUUUUCCUGUUGAAUUGAUAAGGCACUUUCAUUUUGCACCUUUUUCUUUAAAUUAAAUGCUAGCGUGUUCACUGUCGUGUCGCAUGUGCACCAGAAACACAAGUUUAACUGAGAAGGCUUGGAAGGUACGUCGGGAGGUAUUUAUGCUGCUGUUUACAAAAUUACUUUUAAAAGACUGGCUGGUCAUAUCUAGAAAUCAACAUGUUGGCGUUUUUCCCCCCCACAUGUGAUUUUGGCAUUAGAAACAGAACUCUCCCUAAUUUAUACUUUGCUCUUUGGUAAGCUCAAGGAUAGAUGUGUUUAUGCUUCAUACAAAGUUGAAUGAUUGAUUGGUGCUGUGGACUUAAACCAUCAAAUUUUUUAGAACAAAGAAAGCUUUUCAAAAUGCCACCUUUGGGUGGCAGGGGGAGGGGAGGCUCAUUUUACACAGUUUAGUCAAAACUAUGGACUCGGACUCAACUUGGAAUUCUAACUGUUAUAGAACAAAGUCAGCAACUAGAAUAUUGUGUUGUAAUCUACAUUUUUAUGUGAAGAAGGACCCAAAGAUUAUAUCUGGAGCAGAUGCACAUUCCCCAUGUGAGGACAGGAAACCUUCUUUGAAUGUUUAUGUUCUUGGUAUAAUCCAGGAAUCCUAAGAGUUCAUCUCAGAGUGAGUUGAUUCUAGACUAGUUGUCCCCAGAUGCCACUAUUCUAGAAUAUUGCUCUCCAUAUUUGGUAGGGAAUACAUAGGAGGGUGAGGGAGGCCUACCAUGUUCCUCUUAUUUAAAUAGUAAAUAUUUUAAGCCUUUAAAGUCAAGUCGAGGCUAGCUGCAAACAUUUACUCUUGUAUUUAUCUUCACUAGAAAACUGUGGACUGUAAUUUAUUUUAUUGAAUAUUUAGAAGAUUGUUUGGUUUUAGUUUUCAGGUGAGAAAUAUUGAGUUAUUUUUGUUAAAUUUUGUAGAUUUCUUUUUUUUUCUUUAUAUCUUUCUUUUUCAGUAAGCCCCAGUGGGGGGGAGAGGAAGGAAUAGUUUGAUGCACAAGUGUGCAUAUUUUAAAAACAAGUGACCUUUUAGUAAUGUGGGCAUUUAGAAGAUGAUUUUGGUCACAUUAGGGAUGGGGUUCAAAGACCAUGUUGGUAAGGAAAAAGGAAUAUCUUCCAGGGUGUAAAGAUGGGAGUCCAAGAAGCCCUCUACACCCAAGAGCCUCCUCUGCCAUAGGAUCCCUCCAGAGUUUUCUGCAAGAAUUUGCAGCCCCUGAUAUUGAGCUGGAUUACCAGGGCUGGCUUCCCAGAGCACUUCAUUGUUUUUAACUCCAACUUUCUGGCUUGUUUCCUGAGGCACUUGGAAAAGGGGAAGCAGUUAUUUAUGCAGAAGUGUGUAUGAAGCCUAAAUAACAUCCUUUUUUUUUUUUCAAAAAUAUAGUAAGGGUUUAACCAUAAAUAGAAGAUGAGAGUAAUAUUUACUUAAAUUUCUUACAGGCAUAUAAAAUUUUAUGUGAGUGUUUAUAUAAAGAGGUUAAUUGUUGGCAUAUAGUAUUUAUAUUUGGGCAAGAAGGGUUAAAUCAAACAUUUAUUUAAGUAAACAUAGUUCCUUUAAAGAUUAAUAGUAUUUAUACUCUGAAAAGAGUACCAAGCUUAGUUCAGUUAUUUAUUUGUCCAUUAUCUUUUCUAUUACUUCUCCUUCGGGGAGAAAAUGGUGGUGUGGUUUGUGGGGUGCGGAGAUUUUUUUUUUUAUUCAUAGUCACUAAAUUUGGGGAUGGUUUUAGUAAAGUAUAUUAACUUCUUUUUAACCAAAGCUUUCUGAAUAUGACCAGCCUCAGGUGCUAGCGCAUUAAAGAGCAACUAAACCUAAUUCCAGUGUCCAUUUGUGAAUAAGAAGAGCUAAUUGAACUUCUCUAAGGGUGAGAGAGAAAGUAAUGAUGAACUUCAAAGAAAUUCCUUUUCCCAGAAAGGAUUUUGCAUGCACCUAAUGCCAAAAAAGAAAAAAAAAAGAAAGAAGAAGAAAGAAAGAAAAUGAUGCUCUAAUCUUAGUAAUAGUUAUGCCAUGGUGACAUUGCUUUUAUAGUAAACCAAGACAGAGAAAGAAGAUGCUGCUUCUAGGUGUUUCUGAAAGAAAAGCAGGAGGUGGGCUGUCAGAGCAAAGUUCACAGACCAUGUAGGAAAAGAAUACUAGAGACAGAGACGUGCCCAGAGAAAUUGAGGGAACAACUGACUAAAAUUUGGAUCUAAGUUGGGAUCUGAAGUUAAACAAUAAAUGCAGUUGAAAGAAAUAGAGUCCCAGAAAAUGAUGUGAAAACCUUUGCAUUUUAAUUUUCUUCUUUAUCAUAAAAACACCUGCAUGGUGACACAAAAUACUGGGUGAUACCUGAAUAAUUAUUCUUAAUAAUUUAUAUAAAUAAAGUUUCUUAAACUUAAAUGUCCAAUAGCCUUUUAAAGAUUAGAACCACAUUGUCAUCAACUUGGCUGCUAUAACGCCAUUAUCUAAUCUUUUGACAUAAGAUAAAUGAGGCUUUUGUACAAAGCCAGAAUACUUUUUGUUACAAUGGUGUCCAGAUGAUCAUAUUAUAUUGUGAAAAACACUGGUCUUGGUCACAAUGAGAUCAAAAGUGCAGAUGAAAGUGCUUUUUGGACAGUUUGAAAAUUGUGUUAAAGAUAUGGAUGUUUUGUAAGUGUUCAACAUCCUAAUUUCUGUUAAAGUUUGGGUUUCUUUUUUUCUUUUUUUUUUUUAAGUCUUCAGCAUCCUAAUUCACCCUUCCUAACGUAAAGAAAACAUGACCUAAGACACUGCUUCUAAGUUUGGUUGUUCUUUAUAGUGUGGAUACCCAGAUCUCUGUGAGCGUAUGGGGGUGGGCUGAGGGUCAGGGGAGGAAGGAGUGUGUGUGUGUGUGUGUAUGAGUGUGUGUGUGUGUGUGUGUACCCACGCGCCUGUGUGUGUGUGUGAUUGGAGUACAUAUGAUGUGCUUGUGUCGGACAGCUUCUAGGCUACUAAGUGUCAAUGGAAAAAGAAAAUGUAUUCAAAAUACUUAAAUCAAAACUAGAGGAUGGAAAAAAAAAAGAUUUAUUCUAUACAAAGCCUUGUCUGGACCACUUUAGAGAGACUUCUAUUUUUUUAACCCUUCUAUAAAUAUUUGAUGGCACUUGAAAUAUUCCUGCAAUAAAAUGUGAUUUGUGUAAAGAAAAAAAAAGAUUUUGUAAUGUGAAACAAAGAAAGAAAGUAAUGUAAUUUUCUAAAAAAAAAAAUACAAACAAACAAACUUUGUAUUAUUUUCUUGAUGGAAUUUGUCUAUCUGUCUUUGGAAAACUUUUUAUUUCAUUGAAUGUGCCAUAGUAGAAAUAAUGUGUUUUUAGUUUUAGAACUAAGGAAUAGCUAGCUGUUUGUGUUCCGACAUUCCAAAAUGCAAAACAACUUAGCAGAACCCUUAGUGGGAAGGUCUGUGAGCUUCUUUCGUUGUUGCUUUUUUGCACAUGUUCUUCAUCCCUCUCUAGUGCAAUAUGUACAUAGAGCACUUGCGGGUGUACCUUGAUCCCUCAGGGAAAAAUACAUAUUUGUACAGUUUUUUGGGUUUUGUUUUGUUUUGUUUUUCUUUUGUUUUUGGCUAAGGAAUGUCGAUCGAAUCACUUGUUAUUGUUGAGGGGCAGCCAGAUAAUAAUCCUAAAGCCACUGUUUCAAACAUUGAUUGUUUAAAUCAUGUGUCCUUCCAGCGCUAUUAUUUUAAGAUAAUAAUAAUAUAAUAAUAAUAAUAAAGUUAUUUUCUGACAGUUCUUUGUGCUGAUUGGUGAAAAACAAAAGGGUAAAUAAGCACCUUAUGAUUGACUUACUGUGAAUGACAAUCCAUCUUGAUAUCAAGGAUAGAAGCCCUUUCAUUUUGGAGUUGGGGUUAAGAGUCAGAAACAAUGUGCUCAGGGAUCUUCUAAAACUCUUAAAACAGGGUGGCCAGUACUACUGGGACAAAUUGUGUUUUUUAUUAUUAAUAAUAAUGAUAAUAAUACUAUCCCUCCAAGGCACAAGUGAACUGUAUAGAACUGCAUGUAUGUGUAAACUCUUCACUACCGUCUCAUUUUGUUGAGUUCAAAACUUAUGUGUUCUUCAGUUUUGUGUGCUUAAAAACACUGAAUAACUUCCAAAGCAGUGAAAAGUUAUGCCAGUGUGUGCAAAAGAAAAAAUAAUCAAUAAUACACCAACACAGAACAUCAUUCAAAGUGAAGACCUUACAUAUUCCAUUUACCAUUUCCCUAAUAAUUAAAAUAUGCAUGAUGUGUGUGUGUGUGUGUGUGUGUGUGUGUGUGAGUAUUGCAUUGCAUGCUUUAAACUAUUUCAAAUUCUGUAUGUUAUGGAUAAAAAAAAAAAUUAAACCAGUGUUAAGACCUGCCUAUCAGUACAGUGAGAUGGGUGAAGAUAAAACACAAUUGUUUGUUUUAAAGCCAGCAAAUAAAUGUUGUUUUCACUAUGUUUUUCUCUAGAAGCAAACCAAAAAUCCCUUUAUGUAAAAUGUUCUUACUUUCAUAUUUGUAGUUUAUAUCUGAUGAAUUAAUACAGAAGCUAAUGUUUAAAGACAAAUCAAACCCUGCCUGUAGGACAGCAACUUGAUCUAGAUUUUAGAGUUACAUGCUACAUUUGUUAAAUAACCAUUUUGUUCUCAUAAUUCCCUUAUACUAGUCUCCAUAAAGUCAGAGAGGCUCAAUGUAAUUGUUGACUCUGACUCUUCUACCGGUGGAAUACACAUUCAGCAGAUUUACAGAUUUUCUUACUACCACAGAAAAUCAUAUUUUAGGGAAACAUGUCUGUCAGAUGUCAGAUACCUUUACCUGGUUGGUUUUAACAAUAAAGAACAUGGAAAAUGGCAGUAAUUUCCUUCUUCUCAUCUCCAGAUACACACACACACACACACACAUGCACACACACACACGCACACACACACACUCAUACUCACAGGUUCCUGACUUUUUUACAUAACAUGUAACUGCCACUUCUUACCUCUAAAGUUAUGAUACAGAACUCCAUGAAGGCAACUUUGUACUAUGGAUCACAUUAUGUGCCCCAAAUGCAAUUGCAACAGUCAAUCUUGAUCUAUUGUGAGAAGUCUAUAAUACAGGUCUUCAUUUUGUCCCUAAACACUAGUAUAUAAAGAGGCUCUGCCAGAUUGAUUACAGCACCCCUUUUAUUGCUGUUUAUUUUUAAGAGACAAGGCUCACUAGCAGUGUCUCCCAAAGCAAUUGGUUUCACUUUUGGGUCUGUUUGCUUAUUUGUGUGUAUAAGUGGAAUCAGUUUUGUCAGACUUUCAGAAUAAUUUUAAAAAUAAUCCAGAAGCCUGGCUUCAUAACAAGGAGCCAUUGUAGAAGGCAGGAAUCUCCAUGUUCAACCACACCCUCAGAUCUUAGAGCAAUAAGUACAUUCUGUCAUUUAUUUGCUUACAAAUGAAUGACAGAAUAUUCAGUCCAAAUAGCAGCAAACUUUUUUCAGUGAUGCAACAUAACAUGGAGUCUUGUAUAGAGAAAGAGAAUAUGAAUGUUUUAAAUGGAUGCCUAGAGAAUCUGUGUUUGCUAUUUACAUUUGAUGUGCUUUGCCACAUUAUCAGUACCACACUUUUUUCUUCAAUCCUCCUAGGAGCUAAUGAAAGAUAGCUUGCUGCACAUGCCAUGAGUUUGUUCCCUAAGAACAACAGAAUCCUCUUUGGUGUUCAUGCAUGAUUCCUGUCUCACUCAUUUUUACUUUAAUGUGGAUGAAUAGUAUUUCUAGGAAGCUGAUUAUCAUUGAACAGAUUGCAUAUGUAAAUGCAGAUAAUUCUUGAGCAAUAUAGUGAAAAUGAUUUCACACACAAAAAAAUCCGUAUGUACUGUAUACAUCUUCCUGAAUCCAAAAUUCUCUUAUCCACAAUGGUUUGGAAUCUCAUAUAAAACAGUGGUAAAUGUUUAAACAUUAGGACAUUAGCUGGCUGCUUCUUUAAAUGUACCUGUAUUGUCUGCCUGCUCCUUUUCUGGAGAUGUGUUUUUGUAUUGGAUGUUUGGGCCAAUGGGAGGCUUCAAGCUACAACAUAUUUUCCCAGUUUAAAUAUAUUUAACAUAUGACAAACCCCAGACAAGGCUUUUAAUAUGUAUAAAGAACUGCAGUGUUAGGUGGUUUAUUUGCAAACCGUUUUCAAUGUUGUCCAUUUUUAUGGCACCUUUAACAAUAUUCUUGUUUCCAAAGUACAAAAAAAUAGGUUAAAUAAUCUAGCCAUAACUGAAUGUCAAGCAAUAAAACAAAUGACUUUUUGUGCAUAGACUUAAAAAAUACAAAUUUUAGACAUCUGCAUGUAAAUGCAAUCUCUUGUUUACUGCUUUCUUCAACUUGAGCAAUUGAUUCCUUAUUUACUAUUAACUUAAGAACUUGUAAUGGCCUGUAAACAUUUUCUCUCUUACUCUUCUUUCAAAUUUACCUUCGUCCCUGCUUUUGAGUCAUAAUAUUUAAUGUUGUUCUGCACAUCUCUAUACAGUUAACUUUUUGGCUUUCAUUCUGUAUAGAUAAGAAAAUGUUAUAUUAUAAACAGCCUACUCAGUGCAAAUAUUUAUCUGUUUAUCAAAUCCACAAUAUGCUGUAUAAUACUGGUUUUACUAUAUAAUCUAUUUUAGACAUAGCUGUUUAGAACUAGAGUGUGCUAUUUUUGUGUUUUUCUGAUGUGUGGUGCUAGAUAAGUUACUUUUGUGAACAAACAAAAAAAUCCCUUUUAUUCCUAGACAAUACCACCUUUGGGUCUUGUUAAUUUCACUGAGUAUAACUAUAUAUUUGUAUAUAUAUACAUAUAUAUAUAUAUAUAUCUACCUGUGCCCAACUGGCAACUGUAUCAGAGUGCUGGAUUUGGGACAUGCUUUUCUCUUUAAAUACAUAAUAUCAUUAUAUAAAUUAUUCUAGAGUGUAUUUAAUUAGGAUAAAAUUACUUCCUUAGUAUGGAUAUUUGACAUAUAUAGGUGAAUUUGUUUACAAAUAUGGACAUAUGAAAAUUAUUAGCAUUGACUUUAUGUUUGCUACUUGGCUUUACACCAUAUCUCCUGAGCUGAAAAUUAUUUGCCAGGCCUUUGAGAUCCCAAAGAAACACUCUAAUUUAAUGGAAUAAGUCAUUUUUUUUCUUACUAAGGAAUUGUAUUAUUGGCAUCUGACAGAGUUAUAUCCUUAACUCCUAUUAUAGAUAAUAAGCACUUACAUAAAAUAUUCAUGGUGGUUUGAUGACAGACUAAACCCUCCUGAGUUGUGAGAAGUAUGGACACACUCCCCUGUAGAAAACAAGUCAGACAGCAAAUUUGACAAGAGAUAUUCUGCUUUAAUAUGAUCUCAACCAGUUCCAUGAACUGAGUAAAAGGACCUUCAUUUUCAAAGUCAUUUAAUAUUGAGCUUCACCUAUACUCCAGAGAUCUAUUGGCAUUGUUAAAAAUCAGUAUAUCAAAUAUCUAACUAAGGAUGUAGUUAGCCUUAUUAAAUAUUGAUUAGAAUUGUUCUGUAAUAUUACUGAAUUUGUAAGAUCUUUAGCAAAGAUUUUUGAGCAAUUUAUAAAUAUAGAGCAAAUGUUUCUGUUUACUGCACUUUUUGUAACUGAAGGUGAUAAAUUCUCAAGCCAUGAUUAAGUGGCUCCCAUGCACUGCAUAUUUACCCACCUUUCUAGACAUUUUCCAUUUCUAUGGAAGAGUUGCUAUUACCUUAAUUAUAAAUACAAAUUGUGUGGUUAAUGAAAGCUAAUGCUAAUAGUUAACCUUUAAAAGUGAAUUGGCUACAGUUUAGGGAGAAAUCUCUUUUAAUACAAAUCAUGGCAUUCCUUAACUGUCUCACUUGAAAAGAGAUUGAAACUUUUUUUUUUAAGCAUCAUUUAGCAUCCAAGCUUCCCUAGGGUAGAGAUUGUAUCUCUUCAUGCCUACACAAUGGCCAGCACAUGUCAGCAUUUGAUAAUUGUUAAAUGACAAGUGUAUCUCAAAUAAAACUUUUUUCCUGGGUUGUUCUGGCAAAUUUAUAAAAGUAUACCAAGCCUUAUGGUUAACAUUUUCUUCCACAACUAAGUAUAAAAAGCCACAUUUAAAAAUACCACAUGAAAUGCUGAUUCUAAUUGUGUGUAGGUCUUGAGGGUUAAGCACACAAAUUUCACAAAACUCUGUGAGUAAUCAACUCAGCCUUCUGUACAUAUACAUACAAGUUUGGAAACAGUAAUACUGUACCUAUAAAUAUAUGCUGUCUGUUUUGUGUACAGUAUGUAAAAACUCCUUUUCUGCCACACUAAAAAUGCAAGCCAUUUAUGGGAAUCCUAAAAAGUAGUAUUGAACUAAACCUUUGCUAAUGAUCUUUAUUAGAGGAUCAUCCAACUUCUCACUUACAUUGGGUUUUCUUUUCAAUUCACUCUUUACAGUAGUCUGCUUAUUUCCAGCUGUUUAUUUUAUUGAGUCCUGAAUUUAAAAAAAAAUAUUUUGAUUCAUUUUGUAAAUACGAGCUGUAAAAAAAGAGAGAUUUAAUGUUGUCUUUUAAAUACUCCAAUUUUCAUUCUAAUAUGAAUGUUGUUAUAUUGUACUUAGAAACUGUACCUUUAAUAUUACAUUACCUUUAUUAAAAGUGCAUUGAACACAUCAAUUUUAGAUGUGCUUUAUGUACUGUUAUCCUAUAAUAAAACUUCAGCUUCUAAUGGAA